AUGAUAAUCUAUCUUAAUUAUCAAUCAGAAGUCACUGCUUAUUUUCCUCGAAGACAAAAUGAAAAAAAAGAAAAUCAAGUUGAAAAAUAUCGUAGAUAUCGUAUUGGUGAAUUACCUGAUAUAGAAAUACGUUAUAGUGGUAUUAUAAUACCUUCACAAGCACUUCCUCAAUAUUAUAAUCAUAUAGCACCUUUAUUAUAUGCAACUUUAUUUGCAUCAAUAUUUAAUUCAUUAGAAGAUAAAUUAUUACCUGAUGAAUAUUUUUAUUUAAUUCAUAUAAUUCAAUAUCCUUUUGAUCUUAUAUUAUCACAAUGA